UGAUGGCACUGGAGGCCACAGUUACGUUGGCUGUCCCGAGAGGAACUCACCCUUUCACAUACCUGACGAUGUGAUAGACAAUAUACUUUUCCGUUUUUUGAUGCAACUCUUGCAUUAUCUGACUGCGAGGCAGAGUGACAUGAAGUGUUAACGAUGUCUGACGACACGGGUCCAACCCAAAUCUCAGAUGAGGAGUGUCUAAAAGAACGAAAAUGGUGGUACUUCUUGCUGUCGAGUAUCUUCACGUUCUUAGCGGGGAUCUUCAUAGUUCUGAUAUGGCGGGCCUUCUCCUUCCUCUGCUGCCGGAACCGGGACUCCUCGGAGUACCAAAAGCAGCAGGAAAAGGAGAAACUGCUAGCACAGCAGCAGGGACAACCCCCUGGCCAGCCCAAACCCAAGAACCUGAUGGAAGGGAACUUCGUCACAGAAGCCAAGGACUGGGCGGGGGAGCUCAUCUCGGGCCAGACCACAACAGGCAGAAUCCUGUGCGUGGGGGAAGUGGACGAGGCAGAGCUCUUAAGUCCAGCGCAGUAG